CCCAUGCAUUACGUCCAUGGCUGGUUAGCUCAUUAUUUUGGCACACAUUAUCCACUUCCCACGGAAGUUCGAGGGCCCAAGAUGACUAACUUUUCAGGCGAAGGCGGGUCUAUUUAUUUUGGCGAAUAUGAGGCACGCGAAUUGAUCCAUAAUGGUGCGAGAAUUCAGUGGCACGCUAGCCUCCAGAACAGAAGUAAACAUGAACGCAUGGUUGAUACCCAUGAUUCAUCGUUUCUGCAAACGUCAUAUUUCGUAAGCAUGCGUUCUUGCUACUUGUCCUCUCGUUGCGAAAAUACCUGGAUCAUAACAUCAUACAGUCCAUAUCGAUUUGGACGACAGUUUGGUUUUUACCAGGACCUUCCUAAUGAUAUAGGGGGUAUGUCACCUGCGAUCACGCUGGAUAAUAUAUUAUAUCACUGGAGAAUAUGUACGAGGCGUAACACUUUAUCCGAGCUAUACUUGCCCGCCCGUUCAUUAGAGCCUUGCAAGCAUGUGACUCAGCGAUUUACAGACUGGUGGACUACGAAGCACGGGACCUAUUUUGAGGAUAACAGACACCAUUUGGUGAGUAGUGCCAUUCCUCCCCCUUCACAACCUAGACUACCGAAGAACCGAGGGAGCAACCUAGGUGGUAAAGAAAUUCGAUUGGUUGAGGCGAUGGCUCCUAAUCUUGAGGAGGAGGUAAAGGAGCGUAAAGAUGAGAGUGAUAGCAGCAAAAGUGAUCGUCAUUGGAAGAGACCUUUGAAGAAAGCGAAGGUAUCAGGUGAUCAUCCCGACGGAAGGGGUUUAAGUGCUUUGGAAGUUCCUGAUGUUCCACCACUGUCACCAUUAAACGAUCAUCUUGAAGGACUUAUAGAGCCAGACAGUGAUGAAUCUUUGACGGGACCUCACGCAGUUGAUUCAGCAUUUGAGGAAGUUGGUACCUCGAGAACUCCCGUCAAUAAACCGACUGAACAAUCCUUACGCCCAUCUGCUCUUCUCGAGGAGAUUCGUCGAGGCAAGAUGACAGUGGGGGGAAAAGACCUUGAGAACCCUUCAUCCAAAGAAGGUGCCUGUCCUAAAGCAUCUUUACAAAAAGUUAGCUCAGCACAUGCUCCCCUUAAGUUUUCUGAAUUACCAUUAGACGUUUCUAAUAAACAGACUAUGAGAAACCCUGAACCUUCUCAGUGGGUUGGUGAAAAGGUGGUUUCAAAUUUCUUUCAGAAAACAGCCUUAUGUAUGUGGGAGGAUAUCCAAGAUAAGAUCAUGCGAACUCCUUUUGAAUAUAUCCCUAGACUUAGGCCAGAAAUAGCGACGGUUCUCUCCGGGAUUGAGAAGAUUCAUGCGGAUGGCCUGACUUCUCUUGAAGAGUAUCUAAAUAGUUACCUUAAGAGGGUAGACAAUUUUAACGAUGUGCAAUCUUCAUAUUCUGCACAGUUGUCGUCGACGGACAAAGCUCGUCAAUUAAAUGAGAAGACAUCUGCCAUCAAGGAAGCUUUGACUUUGGUGAAACAAUUACGAGGAGAUGCCAAAGUUAUUCAGGAAAGAACCGUAGAGUUAUCUUUAGAAAGGAAAGAACUGGAGAGGAGACUUCAGAGCAUAAAUGCUGAAUCUGAACAGCUGUCGAUCUUAUCUUGUGAAAAAGCGGAGGCCAUAGACCAACAAGAACUAGAAGUUGCCAAGCUCCAGGAUGAAGUCAAUACCCUUGAAAGCACCCCUGCUAUUACUGAGGAAGCGAUUGAGGCACUAGCUACUGUCCGCCAGAGCAUGGAAGCUGCACGAGAAGAAUUCAAGAACUUCAAGUGGAGGCUUUGAUUUAUGCCCCCCUUUGCCCCCUUUUUCUUUUGCUGCAAACCUUGUAGAUGUGAUUUUUUUUUUUUUUUGAAUUAUAAUGCAGACGGAAUUUUUUUAUUUUUUUAUUUUUUAUAUAUAUAUAUAUACACAUUUACAUUUGUUUUGCCAUGUUUUCAUAUGAGCAGACAAUGAAACAUGACUCUUUUUUUUUUUAAUACAUGUGACUGAACUUAAA